UUUCCUCUUCUUUUUUCUUUAUCUUUUUUCUCUCCCAAAAACCAAAUACCAACAUCAACAUCAAGAAAAAUAAAAUAUAUUAAGAAAAUGGACGAUUCCACCUACAUCAACGCGUCUCUCCCGGAUACUUCCGACCGGAUGCUCUUUGCGGUUCCGAAAAAAGGUCGUCUCUAUGACCAAUGCCUCAGCCUCCUGACGAACAUCGGUAUUGAGUUCAACCGCAAGCCGCGCCACGACAUCGCCCUCGUCUCCAACCUCCCAAUCGCGCUAGUGUUCUUGCCGGCAGCGGACAUUGCCACAUACGUGGCCAAGGGAAACAUUGAUCUGGGGAUCACUGGACUGGACAUUAUUCGCGAGUCCCAGACGGAAAACGACGUUGCCGAGUUGAUGCGCUUGGGGUUCGGCAAGUGCAAAUUGCAGGUGCAGGCGCCCGCGGCCAUUAAGGAGGUGCGGGAUGCGCGGGAUCUUGUGGGAAAGCGGAUUGUCACGAGCUUUAUUAACCUGACCAAGCAGCGGUUUGCUGAGCUGGAGGGCGUCCCGGUGGAGGAGAUGACGACGCAGGUGAGGUUUGUGUCGGGCAGUGUCGAGGCUGCGUGUGGGCUUGGGCUGGCGGACGGGAUUGUGGAUUUGGUGGAGUCCGGCGAUACGAUGCGCGCCGCUGGGCUGCACGCCGUGGACACGGUCUUGGAUACCGAAUCGGUGCUGAUCACGAACCGCCACCCGAGAUUUCCAAAGCUCGCGGAUACUAUCAGGCAGCGUGUUGCCGGUAUCUUGAUGGCUAGGAGGUACGUCCUGUGCCAGUACAACAUUGCUCGCAGCAGGUUGGAGCUCGCGUGCGCGAUUACGCCCGGCAGGCAGGCACCCACUAUCACGUCGCUGGAGCAGGAGGGCUGGGUCGCGGUCAGCGUGAUGGUUGAGAAGAAGAGCUUGGCCGAUACCAUGGAUCAGUUGAGGGACGCCGGCGCCACGGAUAUUCUUGUGCUGCAGAUCGCCAACGCCAGAGUCUAAUCAAGGAAUCAGUCCUGCUCUAUAUUUUGGUUUAUAAUUUGGUCA